AUGGUACGUGACCAUUCCUCUAUCUUGGACGGUUGCCACUGUCUCUGUGAAGGAACUUCAAUGGCAAUUGACCAGUUGCCUCUAUCUGUCUUGGUCGCCUGCCUCUGUCUCUGUGAAGUAUCUUCAAUGGUACUUGACCAGUUCCCUCUAUCUUGGACGGUUGCCACUGUCUCUGUGAAGGAACUUCAAUGGCAAUUGACCAGUUCCCUCUAUCUUGGUCGCGUGCCACUGAUAUUCAAUGGCACUUGUCCAGUUCCCCUUAUCUUGGUCGCGUGCCACUCUCUCUGUGAAGGAUCUUCAAUGUCACUUGACCAGUUGCCUCCAUCUCUGUCACGUGCCACUCUCUCUGUGAAGAUCUUCAAUGGUAAUUGCCCAAUUCCCUCUAUCUUGGUCGCCUGCCACUGUCUCUGUGAAGUAUCUUCAAUGGUACUUGACCAGUUCCCUCUAUCUUGGACGGUUGCCACUGUCUCUGUGAAGGAACGUCAAUGGCAAUUGACCAGUUCCCUCUAUCUUGUUCCCUCUAUCUUGGUCGCGUGCCACUCUCUCUGUGAAGGAUCUUCAAUGGCACUUGGCCAGUUGCCUCUAUCUCUGUCGCGUGCCACUCUCUCCCUGAACGUUCUUCAAUGGUACUUGGCCAGUUCACUCUAUCUUGGUUACGUGGCACUCUCUCUGUGA